AUUUGUCAAACAAAAUAUUUUUCAUCACGAAAUCACGUCAAAUUUUUCAAUUUUCAGUUCUUUUUGUUAGAUUUAAUUUUGCUAGGACAAAUUAAUAUUGCAUUAAGUAAUAUUUCUGUUUAUAUUGGCCGUCGCCUGUAGUUUAGCUUUAGUUUUAACUGUCCCCUGAAGCAAUUUUUAAGUCUACAAUGGAAGACAAUUCAAGUGAUGACGAUAUUCGAGAGAACAAUGUUAGCCCCAGGAUGGGUGGUAAAAAGCAGAAAUUAAACGAUGGUAGCUCACAGGAGAGCAUCAAAGAGCCAGGUAAUAAAAUUAUUGACGGGUUUUUAUGGGCAAGGGCACGUCUGCCGAGAAAAUGGCGACGUGAAGAUUGUACGUUAUUUUUGCUUUGUUUUUCGUAUAGCCUCUUCGAGUAAAGGGGAGAAGGAGGAGAAUGUGGACAGUGGGGUGUCGGCCGACAAGUCUGAGAGCACGAGCAGCGAGGACCGCGCCGCGGGCUCCAGCGGUGCGCCCAGCAACGAAGUGGUCUCCGUGGCCCCGUCCAGCAGCAACAUGAGAGCCAUACUGCUCAAUAUAAGGCGACCAAAGAGGAAUUACAGGAAAAGGAGAACCCCUGAUCGCGAAUCCAGUAGUGAUUCCUCAAGGGACUCUGAUGAUUUGUCAGGAGAGGAAGCAGCCUCUGGGUCGAGGCAGACAGAAAACUCUGAUGAUGAUGAGAGUAUUCAUGAAGACAUCCUGGGACAUAGACUCAUUGGUGAUCUUACCAGCGAGUCCAGCGACAGUGAAGUAUAUUUGCGUGAUAGCUCUGAUGACACUAACAGCUACGAGAGUGAUGAGCUGGUGGCGAGCAGCGGCCGGCCUGAAGAUGGAGACAGCGAUGACGAGGGACUCUGGCCCCGAGGUGACGAUGAGGAGGAGACCAGUGACGCCUCCAAGGGAAAUACUCCAAGUGUACUGAAGAAAACUAGGCCAAAACAUAAUUAUUUAUUGCUUAGAGAGAUAAUAAACCGCGAGAUGGGCCUGACAUUUCCAUGCGGUAAAGUGGCCAAGGAGAAUGUGAUGUUCGAGCAGAAGUUCUACGGCUCCCUGCACGUGGUACAACGCUUGAAGAAGCUGCACCAUCUCAACAAGCACAAGGGAUGCGUUAAUUCGGUUAAUUUUCAUCCGGAAGGGAACCUCCUAGCAUCCGGCUCAGAUGACAUGAACGUGAUAGUGUGGGACUGGGCGCGCAACCUUAGGAUACAGACGAUCAAAACUGGACACAAGUCCAACGUGUUUCAGUCCAAGUUCCUUCACCUGAACGCUCGCAGUCAGCUCAACAUUGUCACGUGCGCGAGAGAUGGCCAGGUCCGGCUCCUCCAAUGCCCUCCCAGCGGCGGCGCGGCGGCGCGGCGGCGGCUGGCGUCGCACGCCGGCGCCGCGCACAAGCUGCACGUGUCCGCGGCGCAGCCCCACUGCGUGCUGUCCGCGGGCGAGGACGGCCGCGUGCUGCACUGCGACGUGCGCGCGCCCGCCGCGGACAAACUAGUGCAAGUCAAAGACCGCAGCCGAACCAUCCAACUCUACAGCAUCCACGGGCACCCGCUAGACCCUUCACAGUUCGCGGUGGCGGGGCGGGACCGCUUCGUGCGCGUGUUCGACCGCCGCAGCUGCGCCAAGCCGACCGCGCUGUACUGCCCGCACGCGCUCAGGGACCAUGGCACCGGGUCCCGCGCCGCGCUGCAAGCGUCGGCCAUGCACCUGACGUGCGCGGUGUACAGCCACGACGGCCGCGAGAUCCUCGGCUCCUACAACGACGAGGACGUGUACCUGUUCGACGCACAGGCCGAUGUUUAUGACAAAGACAACCCUAAAGAGGGCUACACGCACCGCUACUCGGGACACCGCAACAGCGCCACAGUGAAAGGAGUCUCAUUCUUCGGCCCCAACUCCGAGUACAUCGUGUCUGGCUCCGACUGUUCGUUUAUAUACAUAUGGGAGAAGAAGAGUGAAGCUAUAGUGCAGUGGAUGCAGGGAGAUAGCGGCGGUGUGGUGAACUGCAUAGAAACACACCCUCGCGCGCCGGUGCUAGCCACCAGCGGACUCGACAAGGACGUCAAGAUAUGGAUACCCAUGAGUGGAGAGGAUCCCGACUACUCUGGACUUGAGGCGGUGGUACGUGAGAACAGCGUCUCGAUCCUCCGGAGUCCUCUGUUCAACGACUUCCUUCCUUCUCUCUACACGGCGUGGCGAGGCGACGACCGCGGCGACGAGCUGCCGAGAUAUGUGGCCCAGGAGUUCCAUCAAAACGUGUGUACAGCCUUCUAGAGAGUUCUAGAAGCUUCUAGAAAGAGUUAAGAAAAGUGACGACUUCACCGCCUUCUAUAGGGAUUCUAGAAACUUCUAUGGCCAAAAGUAACGUGUGCACAGCUAUCUAGACGAAGAAACGAAGCUUCUAAGAGUCAGAAAGCCGUUCAAGGGAGGUCUAAAAGCUUCUAGUGUCAAAGUUACGCCGCUUUCUAGUGGGUUCUGGAGGUUUCUAGAACCAUUCGGGAAAAAUUAUGUCUGAAGUACGAUCCGCUUUCGGUUAUGAUUAUUGUAUGACUGAUAGUGCUCUUUUAUUGAUGGUUAUAAUUUCUUUCAUAUUCAACAUGACCCAAGGUGUGUUGUAGUUUUUUUUAGGUAAUUCGAUGUCACAUAUUUUUAGUUUCAUUAAUUUUUUCAAAGCAUUAUCAUUAAAUAGGAGCUGCUUCUGUUUUAUUACUUACUAUCUGUGAAUUACUCAAUUAAUCUUAAUAUAUGAUUAUCCAAUUUAAGGGCCAUAGUUAUUAUAACGAUGUGAUUCAAGUAAUUUUAAGGGGUUAUAUUAUUACGGGUCAUAAUUUCCAGUUCUUUAUUGUCUUUAGGAAUUCAUACGAACUUACGAACUUCCUUUUUUACUGUUAACAAUAGUGUUAACUUAUUUAUGAAUCUGACUCUACAAAUCUACUAAUGAUCAUUAUGGAACUGAAAAUACGACCCGUGGUUU